AUGACGAUGACGCAAUCGUCCUCGUUUUCCCUCAUGAAGGCUCCCGCGAGUUUUUGCAACGCGAAACAACAAAAACAUAAACAUCAAAGGAAGGAGAUAAAAAGAAAUUUUUGCGUCCCCGUCAGCAGCACGAUUCUCGUGAAGGAAAACGACGACGAGACAUCGAAACCAACGACGACGAGAAGAAGAGACGCGGUCCUUUUGGCAUCGUCCGCCGUGUUCUACGCGUUGCCGUCUUUCGCGUUCGGAGGUGGGAAAAAAGAAGAGAAACCAGACCCGACCGCGGCGAAGAACGCGAAGAAAGCUGCCAUUUUGGCUGCCGCGAGAGCGAAAGCGGAAGGGCAAGCCGCGAAACAACAAGCGAUAUCGCAAGAAGAGUCGGAAGCGCCGAAGAAGGAGUUACAAUCGGCGGCGUUUUUUGAUGCCAGCAAUUCAGGCGCAGGGGUGAGAGGUGGAGGCGCGGAUGCGAGCAACACGUACGAGGUCGUGAAAGAGGCCGAACCGGCGGCUCCGGCGCCGUCUGAACCGGCGGCGACGACUCCGCCAGAAGCGCCCGCCGAAGCGGAGGAAUCCGGAGGCUUCAGCUUACCGUCCGUCAGCUUACCGUCCGUCAGCUUACCGUCCGUCAGCUUACCGUCCGUCAGCUUACCGUCCGUCAGCUUACCGUCCGUCAGCUUGCCGAAGUUGCCGUUUUAA